GUCUCCAUCUCCGUCUACAUAUCCCAACCUGGUCUGCUAUGCUAUGCGUGUCCGAAAUACGCAGUCCAUCUCUUGGAGGUCCGCUCUGGUUCGCUUUCUCAAAGUCUCAACGCCGCGAAUCGGAACGCCCAACCUUGAAAAUCCAGUCGGCAUUGAAUAUUGAAGGGCAAGGAGUUUUGCGUAGAUGAUACGUCUGAGAAGUCGAUGAGGAGGAGCAAGAGGAAGAGGAAGAGAAAGAGGAGCAAAUUGUAGAGACAUACGACCAUCCAUCCACCCAUACGGUAGAUGCAUAGCAGCUAUAAUCGCGCCCACACUGAGCAUCAGCAUUCACAUCUACGUUACGACCGCUCGUGGCAUCAGCGCCGCGAACGGCCAUCACAUAGGGCUACCGUCGUCGAAGAGCCUGUCUGCAUCCACAUCGAAGGGAAUGGGUGUAUCAUGGGGAGGACACUUCCGAAAAAGUUGUGGACAGGAAUAAGUAGGCUGUAUAGAGAGAUUGGCGCCAUCCACAAUGUAUAGAAGGAAAUGGGAAUGCUUAACCAUGCUCACUGUAAACCUUCGUGUCGCUCCUCGCCUCAGAGAUCUCGAUGUCCCCAUAUCCUUGCCACAUCCUCGCUCGCAUCCUCACAUCCUCACUGCCUUCCACACCCCGAUCACGGACCCCUCAUCGUCACGAAUACUGCUGCUGGCCAACGGAGUGCAGAGGUCCUGAACGCGCAAGUAGACCAGACCGUGAUGGAUGACACGUAACGUAGGGACUCGUGAAGACGUGGUUAUGGUCCGAGCGUGCAGGAGAGGACGGCGAACUUGGGUGAAGAAACAGGGGAUUCACGGUGCUAGGAAGGCCGCAGCGAAAGUCAAAGUCACUGCUGACACUGCUGAGGGGACGGCGAAGACGUGCGAGGAGUGGAUGCUGACGUCGAGAUUCUGGCCAGGAUAAUCAAGAGAUCCAGAAUGGGAGACGCGGAAGGAGAGCGUGAAUACCGAUCUCGAGAGAGCGAAGAGGAGUGCGAGCGAGACCAGGAGGGGAUGAUUGGUAUUGUCGAUGCAAAUAGGCCUCUAAGGAGAAGUUGGCAAAGCCAGCACAGGAAGCGGCGGGGAUUUGGUCAGGACGAAAGGAGAAGGGGGGCCGCAGGGUAUCAACGGUACUAAGGAGGCUAAAGCGAAGAAUCAUAAUGAGAAUGGGACAUGCGGAAGGAGAACGUGAAUGUCCAUCCUGUUCGCACCGAAUCUACGCUAUGGCCGCCCGUGGCCAUGUCAUAUCUUGCCCAGAAAUCUCCACGUCCCCUCUAACCUUGCCCCAUCCUACCGCCAAUCCUCACUGCCUUCCACACCAACCGCGAGUCCCUCAUCAUCAUCACGAAUACUGCUGCUGGCAGACGAAAUGUGAGGCUUUCGAACAUCCAGGUAGACCAGACCUUGAUGGACUAAGGCACGUAGUGCAGGGGUUCGUGAAGGCAUGUUGCCGGCCCGAGCUUGAGAUUGAAGGAGGGGACGAAAUUGGGGGGCAGAGGGAGGUAGGGUUCUCGCGUCCGCGAACUGAUAAGAUGCAGCAGGAGAGAAGGAGAGAGAAGAAAGAGCCGAAGGACAUUGACGAGGCCAAGAAGGCCACAGCGAAGGAUAAUGAGGACAAAGCAGACGCAGAUAGAGAGUGCGAAUGCCGAUCGUAGCGUCCAGGCAGCGACACCAGGAGGAAGAACGGGAGCGCCAGCGACAUCGGGAGGGUUGUCAGUACGG